AUGUAUUCAACAUCUUUCCUUGUGAGAGUUCAUCAGCCUGUAAUUCCUUAAGGAUCCGACGUCUACCUUUUUCCAGUUUGGAGCGUCCAUCCAGCAACAAGCCACGGUCAUGCUGAAGAUCAUGCAGGAUUACGACUGGCAUGUCUUCUCCUUGGUGACCACCAUCUUUCCUGGCUACAGGGACUUCAUCAGCUUCAUCAAGACCACAGUGGACAACAGCUUUGUGGGAUGGGACAUACAGAACGUGAUUACAUUAGACACUUCCUUUGAGGAUGCAAAGACACAAGUCCAGCUGAAGAAGAUUCACUCUUCUGUCAUCCUGCUCUACUGCUCCAAAGACGAGGCUGUCCUCAUCCUCAGUGAGGCUCGCUCCCUUGGCCUCACUGGGUAUGAUUUCUUCUGGAUUGUUCCCAGCUUGGUCUCUGGGAAUACAGAGCUCAUCCCCAAAGAGUUUCCCUCAGGACUUAUCUCAGUCUCCUAUGAUGACUGGGACUACAGCCUGGAAGCAAGAGUGAGGGACGGUCUUGGCAUCCUAACCACUGCUGCAUCUUCCAUGUUGGACAAGUUCUCCUACAUCCCUGAGGCCAAGGCCAGCUGCUAUGGGCAGACGGAGAAGCCGGAGGCCCCGCUCCACACUUUGCACCAAUUUAUGGUAAACGUGACAUGGAAUGGUAAGGACCUGUCCUUCACUGACGAAGGCUAUCAGGUGCACCCCAGGCUGGUGGUGAUCGUGCUGAACAAAGACCGAGAAUGGGAGAAGGUGGGCAAGUGGGAGAACCAGACGCUGAGCCUGAGGCAUGCCGUGUGGCCGAGGUACAAGUCCUUUUCUGACUGUGAGCCAGACGACAACCACCUGAGCAUCGUCACCCUGGAGGAAGCCCCCUUCGUCAUCGUGGAGGACAUAGACCCGCUGACUGAGACCUGUGUGAGGAACACGGUACCCUGUCGCAAGUUUGUCAAAAUCAACAAUUCAACGAAUGAGGGGAUGAAUGUCAAGAAGUGUUGCAAGGGAUUCUGCAUCGAUAUCUUAAAGAAGCUCUCCAGGACCGUGAAGUUCACCUAUGACCUCUACCUGGUGACCAAUGGGAAGCAUGGCAAAAAAGUGAACAAUGUGUGGAAUGGAAUGAUUGGUGAAGUGGUCUAUCAGCGGGCAGUCAUGGCAGUGGGCUCUCUCACCAUCAACGAGGAGCGUUCUGAAGUGGUGGACUUCUCUGUGCCCUUUGUGGAGACAGGAAUCAGUGUGAUGGUUUCAAGGAGCAAUGGCACCGUGUCACCUUCUGCUUUUCUAGAACCAUUCAGCGCCUCUGUCUGGGUGAUGAUGUUUGUGAUGCUACUUAUUGUCUCAGCCAUAGCUGUUUUUGUCUUUGAAUACUUCAGUCCUGUUGGAUACAACAGAAACUUAGCUAAAGGGAAAGCACCCCAUGGGCCUUCUUUUACAAUCGGGAAAGCGAUAUGGCUCCUCUGGGGCCUGGUGUUCAACAACUCUGUGCCUGUCCAGAAUCCUAAAGGCACAACCAGCAAGAUCAUGGUGUCUGUAUGGGCUUUCUUUGCUGUCAUCUUCCUCGCCAGUUACACAGCCAAUCUGGCUGCCUUCAUGAUCCAGGAGGAAUUUGUGGACCAAGUGACUGGCCUCAGUGACAAAAAGUUUCAGAGACCUCAUGACUACUCUCCACCUUUCCGAUUUGGGACAGUGCCUAACGGAAGUACAGAAAGAAACAUCCGGAAUAACUAUCCCUACAUGCACCAAUACAUGACCAAGUUUAACCAGAAGGGAGUAGAAGAUGCCUUGGUCAGCUUGAAAACGGGGAAGUUGGAUGCUUUCAUCUAUGAUGCUGCAGUCUUGAAUUACAAGGCUGGGAGGGAUGAAGGUUGCAAGCUGGUGACCAUCGGGAGUGGGUACAUCUUUGCCACCACGGGCUAUGGAAUUGCUCUCCAGAAGGGCUCUCCUUGGAAGAGGCAGAUUGACUUGGCUCUGCUCCAGUUUGUGGGUGAUGGUAAGACCCCGGGGACACCCCCACUUUGGGAAGUGGGAGUUGAGGCCCUUGCACUAAGUUUUCUAAUUGACUUACCAGCAGAUAACUUGUACAAUGAGUUUGUUCAACAAAAGUAUCCA